AUGCGUACCUACGACGAUAGCUUCUCGGGCCAGAGGAUUUACCCUGGAAAGGGUAAAAUCUACGUCCGGGGCGACAGCAAGGUGUUCCGAUUCCAGAACGGAAAGUCAGAGUCGCUGUUCCUGCAGCGAAAGAACCCCCGCCGCAUCGCCUGGACUGUCCUGUACCGCCGCCAACACCGCAAGGGUAUCUCUGAGGAGGUCGCCAAGAAGCGCACCCGCCGAACCGUCAAGUCACAGCGUGCCAUUGUCGGCGCUUCCCUCGAUGUGAUCAAGGAGCGCCGGUCCAUGCGGCCCGAGGCCCGAUCCGCCGCCCGCGCCCAGGCCAUCAAGGAGAGCAAGGAGAAGAAGAACGCCGCGGCGGCCGCCAAGAAGGCCGAAAAGGCCAAGACCGCCGCCGUCGCCAGCAAGGGCCAGACGGUGCGAAACAUCAGCAAGCAGGGCGCCAAGGGCGCGCCCGUCAAGGUUGCCGCCCGCACCCGCUGA